CUUGGCCGCAGCCGCCGCGUCUGGCCCCCGGGUCCGCGCCGCUGGGGGCGCGGGCGGAGUCGGGGGUUGCCUGGCGCCGCCGCCCGUGCGCCUGGAGUCCACGUCCCGGGCCCGGCGGCCGGCGAGCAUGGAGGAGAAGUACCUACCCGAGCUGAUGGCGGAGAAGGACUCCCUGGACCCCUCCUUCACGCACGCCCUGCGCCUGGUGAACCAAGAAAUAGAAAAGUUUCAAAAAGGAGAAGGCAAGGAUGAAGAAAAGUACAUCGAUGUGGUGAUUAAUAAGAACAUGAAGCUGGGACAGAAAGUGUUAAUUCCUGUAAAACAGUUCCCUAAGUUCAACUUUGUGGGGAAACUUCUGGGUCCACGUGGCAAUUCUCUGAAGCGAUUACAAGAAGAAACCUUGACAAAAAUGUCCAUCCUUGGGAAAGGAUCCAUGAGAGACAAGGCCAAGGAAGAAGAGUUGAGGAAAAGUGGAGAAGCAAAGUACUUCCAUCUCAAUGAUGAUCUCCAUGUUCUCAUUGAAGUGUUUGCCCCACCUGCAGAAGCUUAUGCCAGGAUGGGACAUGCUUUGGAAGAAAUCAAAAAGUUCCUCAUCCCUGACUAUAAUGAUGAGAUCAGGCAAGCACAGCUCCAGGAAUUAACAUAUUUGAAUGGUGGUUCAGAAAAUGCAGAUGUUCCAGUGGUUCGAGGGAAACCCACCUUGCGUACAAGAGGUGUACCAGCCCCAGCAAUAACCAGGGGAAGGGGAGGAGUUACAGCACGGCCAGUUGGAGUUGUAGUACCACGAGGGACGCCAACUCCCAGAGGAGUCCUGUCCACCCGAGGGCCAGUGAGUCGGGGAAGAGGACUUCUCACUCCCAGAGCAAGAGGAGUCCCCCCAACUGGGUACAGACCUCCACCGCCACCCCCAACACAAGAGACUUAUGGAGAAUAUGACUAUGAUGAUGGAUAUGGCACUGCUUAUGAUGAACAGAGUUAUGAUUCCUAUGAUAACAGCUAUAGCACCCCAGCCCAAAGUGGUGCUGAUUACUAUGAUUACGGACAUGGACUCAGUGAGGAGACUUACGAUUCCUAUGGACAAGAAGAGUGGACUAACUCAAGACACAAGGCACCUUCAGCGAGGACAGCAAAGGGCGUCUACAGAGACCAGCCAUAUGGCAGAUACUGAUUGUACUGUCUGAUGUUGUGAAAUAGCCAAUCUCCACCAGUCCUGUAUACUGUUCAAAGAAAUGUCAGCCGUCUUGGAAUGUCACAGGAACUGGUUGAACACCUGAAGCAAACAAAGGUAAGUUUGCCUUUUUGUUCCAAUUAUCCUGAACUGUGUGGAAGAUGAAGACAAUUUCACGCUUAUCUGAAGUCACAUGGAAAAUUUCCCCUGCUGAUUUCCUAGUACAACACCAGUGAUUAUGUCAGAUUAACUCCAAAAGUCAGAAAAGAAGCUUCCUGAAUGUAAACAAGUCAGGCCCAGGAAGCUUCAUUAUAAGCGGCAGAGAUUGGAGGCUCAGGUUCAUCCUGGUAUUUAAGUAUUCACAUUACUUUCUUCAGAAAAUAUCUAGCAGUCUAGUCAAUAGCAUGAAAAAAAUUUUCCAGAUUAUUCAGUAAAAAGAGCAGUUUGCCAAACUUAAUAUAUAACAUCUCAAUUUUUGUUUUCUAUGUGCUUGCAUAGGCAAAAAAAAUUACACAAAUAUGCUGGAAAUUUUUGACAGUAUUUCUCUUAGUCUUGUGGAAGCAUGGUUUUCUGUGCUUCGGAAUUUUGUCUCUGUUUUUACAUCUUCUUGGUUUUUCUCCUAAAGCAUCAAAAAAUACUACUUAGGCUGUGAUCUUCCAGAGAGUCUUACUUUUUCAGUGUUUGUAUUUGAGCUCUGCCAAUAACUGUGACUUUGGGCAAGUCUCACUUUCUCUAUCAGUUCAGUGAAAAUGAUGCUUAUCCCAUGCACUUGUUAGAAUUAAGAUAAUAUCGUCAGAGUGUUUUGUAAGCUGAAAGUGAUACAGUCAUGUAAAGUUUAGUUGUCAAAGUUGUAUUUACAUAUUUAAUAUAUAUGAAAAAUAUAUGACCUUGGUUUUCCCUAAUAGCCAAAAUUAGCCUGAAAUAAUUAAAUUACUUUUAGAAAGAAAAUAAUUCUCAUCAUUUUUGUAGACCAAACUAAGUUUAUUGUAUUUUCUUUAUGUUUGUCUGUUUGGAUUUUUGUUGUUGUUUGUUUUUCUCUUGUACAGAAUGGGAAUGUGAUGUCCACCACAUCUUUGUAGUGUGUGAUGUUACUGAAGUUUUUCACAACUUUUUUCUGUAUUAAAUAAUUUUUUAAGGAGUUGGCAUACAGAAUAAUAAAUCCAGAAUCAUGGAGAGGUAGAGGGUCAAUCCUCAGGUGCUCUUCAGAGUUAAUUAAUAGGAAAUACUGUACAAUUUUGUAUUUCUUGUCAUUUUUUCAAAGCAUCCAUAACUUUAUCAGACUGUAAAAAGGGAUUGUGAUCCAGAAAGGUCCAGAACACUAUCAGACAGGAACUUUCCUACUCGGCCUUCAAGAUCUUCUCUUAUCUAGCUGAUGCUCCACCAGACCUGAUUUUUUUCUAUUUCCAUAGGAAGACCCUGCUAUAGAUAAGCCUGUCUUCUCAUGUCUCUAAGAGCACAUUUCAUUGUUCCCAAAUUGCUUGCUUCUCACCUUUGUUUUUGCCCCCGUGGAAUUCAUUUAUUUUCUCAUAUGACAGCAUCCAUGGAACAUGAGCUCCAUACUGGACACAACAGGGGCACUGGUCAUACAAAGACUGAUAAGGCAUGGAACCCUGUAUUCAAAUACUGCAAAACCAGAUGGAGGUGACAGCCCAUAACACACAACUUGCUGUCGCCUGUAUCUUUGCGUGAAGAAACCAUACCCGUCCUUCAGAACUCAGCCCCAUGCUCUCUCUUCCAUGGUGCCCUCACCAGUUAAAUCAGGCUAUGAUCCCUCCGCCCCCUCUAAAGAGCAUACUUGGUUUAUAUUUCCUUAUUUUAAUAUUGGUAUCAUAUGAUUUACAUUGGUUGUAAGUUGCCAUAACAGCCAAGCAUGUGCUUAUCACUUUCUGUAAAUUAUUUUAUUGAAUCCUCACAGCCAUAAGAAGGUGUCAUCUACAUUUUAAAAAAGGAAGAAAUUUAAGCUUCAGGAGGUGAAUUUCACGCUUAUGUUGCUCAUGUACCUUAUAACUGGUAGAGCCCCGAUUUGAACGAUUGACUUUAAUCUAGAGUCUUUGAUCUUAACCAUGUUGUUACAGUGUCAUUCUUUAUAUUACAGUGGCUCCUCCAUUAGAUUCACGGCUGUUUAAGAGAAGGAGCCUUUAAUUUUUGUUACCUUGUUUCCCAGAGAGUAUCUCACACAACGCUGAGCAUCGUGAAUGGUAACUGCCCCUUUCUCUCUCUCUUCCCUGCCCCUGCCCCAGAUUCCUUCAUGGAGUCUUUCACUUGUUUAGGUUCUGAAUCUGCUUGUCUCAGGUAUUCCAAGUCAAAUCAGUAUCCGUAUUUACUCGGAUAUAUCUCCCGAACACCUGCUGUGUUGCAGAUGGCAGGAAGACAGUGAUUAAGGACAUCAUUGUUGUCCUUGCAAGUGCCACACUCUACUGGGGAAACAGGCAGAGACGACGUCUGCAGAGCUCUGACAGAGAUACACGUGAUUUCUAGGCGCAUGGAAGGGAGAUGUGUCACCCCGGCAGGUUGGUCAGAGGUCGCAGAAGGGGCCCGUGGAGAUAUUAAGACCAGUAGAAGAUAACCACACAGGGCAGGUCCUCUCGGAGCAUCCAUACUUCUUCUGCUCUGCCCUUCACCUGCUUUGUGACCUUGAGUCAGUGACUUAACCUCUCUAAACCGGAGUCUAAACUGCAGGUUCCCCAGACAGUCGUGAUACCUACCUUAGUGUUGCUGUGAAGAUUAAAAGCAUGCCUGGCACAAAUAAAGGUGUUCACUCAUUGGUUGCUAUAUGUAAAUAUUUGCCAUUAUAAGAAAACAUGAUCAUUGAGGAAACUUCAGGUAUAUUAGAUCAUUAGAGAAAGUAAGAGAUGAUGCUGGCUGGGUAGGAAAGGGACAUGUAAUGAAGGGUCUUGUAGGUUCUGCCAAGAAGCACAAAUUCAGUGCAUCCAUUUUCAAGUGUAGUAUCCUCCUUGCCUUUAAGCUUGACCUACUCCAUUCCCUUGGGCAGAUAGUGCCUCAUUUAGUCUGUGUUCCAAAAAGAACUCUACGAACUUCUGUUUCCACUGGUUAGUGAUUUUAUAGACAAUCAGUGCCUUAAAAAAUAGGUGCUCUCACUUUUUCAUCCUCUUGUAACCAUCUCUUCACAUAGUUAUUUGACAGUGUAAGGGUUUAGUAAGUGAAUGGCAUUGUCAGCGUGAUCAAGAUGAUUCCUAACCGGCAGUGUUAGGAACGGUCAGCCCAGACCCAAAAAUCCCACACAAUCGUGUGAACAGCACUACAAUUUAGAUAGUCUAGCUCCCUUGUUUAACUCAAAAUUAAAGACUCUGGUCACUAUAUACAGAGACAGCUUCCAGAAUUUAAAACUAAUGAUUUGAAGAAAAAAUAAAACUGUAGAGCCAAAAGUUAAAUGAAAAUAUGAGACAUUUUAUAGAAUAUGUGAUAAAUUUAAGGAAUAAAGUUUAUUGUUUUCUGCCAAACAUUAUCUCCUAUUUAUAUUGAUAUUCAGUGUUUUGUAGGGAUAGAAAGGAAAAAAUCCAUACUUAUUUUUAAAAAACAAUCUAUUUUAUGCCUGAUUCUAUUCUGAUUGGGAAAGACUGCAGAUCAUUUUUCAGUCUGAAUUUCACCCUCCCUUAUCGAUGGAAAAUCCUGUCCGGUUGAAGUUGAUUCUGACUGACAUUCCUGUUUCAAGAAUCUCUGUUGUAUAUUUCAGUGAUUAGCACCCAUUGCUGAAAUCAUUUUUCAGAUCUUAAUGUGAUGAGUCCUUCAGUGACUUUCAGGAUAAAACUCAGCCUCCUUGGCUCUGAACAUCAAGCCCGGCGUGAUUCUGCUGCUGGCCUCCCCAGCCGCCUGGAGCACAGCAUGCUCUGACCCCACCCCACUGUGGUCCAGCGCUGAUAGAUUGAAAACCAUCUAGAGCUUUUCUAUCAGUGCCAUUCUCCACCCGAAAUCACAGUUCCUUACCCCACUCAAAUAAAUGAACACAAAUGAAUGAACACAACUCUCACCCAGCUCUUGGUCUAGCUAGUUGUUGCUGGCCUAUCCAGACUUCCCAGUGGAACUUGAAGCAUCCCCUCACCCUGGAGGCCCUCCCUAGCCCGCCAUGUUCGCAGCUCUUCUGUGGACCCUCAUCUUACUCUAUGAAUUCUGCAGUACAGUAUCCUGAGAUUGGCUGUUGACCCUCCUUUCCUCCCACCAGAUUGUCAACAUCUUUAGUGCAGUUACCCUGUCUCAUGCCUAGUAAGUGAUAAAUGAACAAGCCAUCGGAUGUCUGAGUGAAUAAAGUGGAUGUGGUAGCUCGGUGGCUGAUAGUACAGGACGAUGUACUAGGUCUUGUUUGGCCUUAUUAGAUUAAGUUAGUCAUCCUUACGUUUGAGGAGAACUUACCAGGUUAUUAAGUUCUGUCCUGUGUGUUUAUCUCAUCUGAACCACUGCUGGCAGGAUUUACGCGUCUGCUACCUAACACAGUUCCUAGUACCUAACAGACAGUCAAAACAAGGAGAUAGAAUAAACAAACAGGUACCACUGUGAAGUGUGCAGGGAUGGUGGUGUUAUCCUGAGGCUAGAUUUCUGUUCUGUUUGUCGAUGGGUUUUUCUCCCUGACUACAAGACUUGGAAGUUCCUUAAAGGUAGAAGAACCAUGUCUUAUUGGACUUGUACUUCCAAAUACUAGCAUACUGCCUGGCACAUAGACAUAGUGGGAACUGACAAGGUGUUCAGUGGGGAAUGAAUGAGUGAACAAAUGAACCUAUAAUUCUUGAAACAUUAACACUGAGCACUUUUCGGUACAGACAGUCGCUAAUACAUGUUCAGUAGAAACUGUACUUCAGAUUUUGAAUAUGUAUCUUUUCUGCAGCUAGCCAUAGCAGUAUGAUACUCUUGCAAUGCCAGGCACUGGCAGUGAGCCAUUUUGUUUUUCACUUUGAGUACAGCAUUCGGAAAUUACUUGAGAUAUCAAACUUUAUUAUAAAAUAGGCCUUGUGUUCGAUGAUUCAGCCCAACCAUAUGCAAUGUAAGUGUUUUGAGUAUGUUUAAGGUAGGCUAAGCUAAGCUAUGAUGUUUGGUAGGUUAAGUGUAUUGCGUACAUUUCCAACUUAAUGUUUUUGACUUACAACGGGUUUACAGGACAUAACCCCAUCCUAAGAUGAGGAGCAUUUGUAUUCAUUUGUCUUCUUAGUGGAAGUGUGAUGUUUCUCUAAUCAUUAGAUUUUUUUCAGUGAUAAAUGUGAAGUUGGAAAACCAAAAUAUGUCCUUUAUUUAGUCGGUAAUACAUGUGCUUGGUACAAAAUAUACACAUACAGUGGUCUUAAUUCCCACCUUUACCCCCACACACCCACAGGCAACUAUUUGUAGUGAUUUUCCUGUAUCUUUCCCGAGAUAGUCUCUGCAUAAGUAAAGCAUUUUUUUUUUAAUUAUCACUAUUUUUUACAUAGAAAACAUUAUACCAUUUUCUCCCCUCGUUUUACUUUGAAGUAUGUCUUAGAGCUCAUUUUCUGUUAUUUUAUACGAGAAAGUUACCUUUUUCUUUGUAUUGGCUGAAUAAUAUUUCUAUGAAAGAGCCAUAAUCCAAACAACUACUAACAGAGAUAUAGUUUCUAAUAUUUUGCUCCCAUUAAAGGCAAUGCAAGAAGCCAUGUCUAUAAACAUCUGUGGAAUGAAUUGCUAAAGUAGACUUACUGGGAUUUUAUAGAUGUUUCCCAUAGAGGUCAUGGUGCAUCUUAAUAUGCUUUUGUAAAAGAAACCUGUCUAAAUGCUGUAUGUUUUCAUUAUGAUCUACAACAUUAGCUCCUGUGCCCACUCCAGAAACUCAUCUGCCCAAAAGGUGGUUUAAAAUGGUGUUCUAUACCCAGCAUGGCGUCUGGCAUGUGGCAGGCUGGCUGCCUGUGCAAUUUAGCAAGGAUGCAGGGCGUGCUGGGUCCAGUAAGGGCACCUCCUGGACACUGGUCUGCGUCUUACAGGGAGAGCUGAAAGUCCUGUGACCCUUCCUCAGACUCCUGCUGGUCUCCUCUCAUUCCUGGAGCUUAUUUACAUCAGCAAGUGUAUUGUUAAGGGCUGUCCCGUGGUGGGGCAGGCUUUGUGGGACUAUGGUAGCCACACUAGGGUAGCAGGAGAGGCCUACAGGCUCUCUGAGGAAACAGACAGGAUCUCCUCUAGCACUGCCCUGCAUGAGCAUUGCCCACCCUCUCCUCUCCUCUGGUUAUCCAGAUCCUGCCAUUUCUUCAAGAUCUUUUCUCUCUCUCUCAGCCAGAAGAGCCUUCUCUUCUCUCCCCAUGAGAACCGUGGCUGAGGGGACUCGAUUGGCAGAUGUCUCAUUCUGACCUGCCGGUUGACAGUUUGGAGCUGUGUAAAUGUCCUUCAUCCCUAGUAUGCUCCUUGAGGGUCACAGGUGUGUCUGUCAAAUUUCAUAAACCUUAAAGCCUUCAGCACAAGCCAUUCAAGAAAUACUUAUUGGUUGAUGAAAGCAGUACCCUCAUCAAUAGAUUUAGUGUAUUCAAUGCGUAACUUUAAAAGAUUCGCCUUUCAAUCACAGUUUGCAUCUGAUUGAUCCUACCAGUGCUGAUGCUUUAUGCAGGUGACACUGAGAUGCCCACUGUGUCCCUGGCGCUCUGCAGUAAUAAAAGGCUAGAGAAGGGCAGCAAUGGUGCAGAGGAGAAAGAGAGGAACUUGCUCCAAGGACAAAGGAGGAAAUAAAAUCUGGAGUUUUGAAAGUCGAAAUCUUGCAAGCCAGGAAGGGAGGAGAAAAUGUUAAGACAUAAUAAGCUAAUACAGGUGGGAGAGGAGGGUGUCAACCAAGACAUGAAAUGGCAUCAUUUGUUUUGGGAACAUAUAAGCAGCUGCUGGAAUAUAACGUGCUGGGAGAGAAAUGAAAGAGAUGCCUCUGGAGACAUAGGAGGGGGCUGGGUCCUAUGGAGCCAUCAGCGGUGUCCUGAGUUGUUUUCAGCACACUUUGUGGUAUUGAACAGUUACCUAGGGCCUGGGACGUGUGACCAGAGCCAUGAGAAGUCAGCAUCACCACAGUGGCCAUUUCUCCACUGCGAUUGGGUUUUUUGUCUGUCUGUUUUUCUGAUCACCAGCCAGUUUUUUAAAUAACAGUUUUGUUUCGUAUAGCACAUCAAAAAAGGUUCUUUGGGUUUAGGUAAUAAAAUUUAAAAUAUAUCUGAAAGUUCAGUCUCUUAUCAGGUGACAAGAAUGCAAGGACUCUGCCAGGGUGGACCCCUAGGAACUUAUAGGUUAAUAUUUGAGGUUUUAUGUAAAACAAGGCAUUACCAUUCUGAAAUCACUCCAUAAAUACCAUAAUGGAUAGUAGUGUAAUCAUCAUUAAACCAGUUAAUCAUUCAUCUGUCUUUACUUAACACAAAUAUUUUAUGUCCUUAAUGUUAAUGAUUCUGUUUUGCAUUGUUUUCCAUAAACAUCCUUAUUUCUGUUAAGUGUCUACUUGCCUGUGUCCUCUAAACGCUGCCAUUCCCAAAAGAGCAUAUGGUUAUUAUUAAUUUCUUGAUAUAUACAAAUGUAUUUCAUUUUCCUCUCUUUCAGGAACUUUCCUUCUAUUUAUGGACUGCUUAAGAAUAGUCAACUCACCAACGUGCCUAGUCAGUAAAUGAAUCCACUUGGGAACUUGAAAAACAUCUUAAUUAAUUUUUUGUUUGCAUAAUUUUGUGUUCUGUGACUUGUUUUUAUUAUAUGGUAUGCUUUUAAUUUGGAGAAUCUACUUUUUUGAAAAACGGAAAGAAAAUCUAUCUUACUUUGUUGUCUCCCAAUAACAAAAAGAGAAUGAUUUGUAUAGUAGUUAAUAAAGGCUGCCUAUUGAAAUCUCUUCUACUU